CUCUCAAGCCUCCCAAACCACCAGCCAACCACCUGCUCGCGGUCUCUGAUCUGAUCUCUCAUGGCGACGGCGGCUGCCAGUCGGCCCGGCGGGCCGGUCCUGUCGACCCCAAGCUACAGCACCGCGUCGCCCACCCGCGUCAAGCUCGCCUCCGGUGGCGCCACCCGCUCGCCGGCCAAGUCCGUCAGCGUCGCGUCUCCUUCCUCCUCGUCCCCUGCCGGCGGCAAGACCCGUCGGUCCUGCAUGUGUUCCCCGACCAACCACCGGGGGUCGUUCCGGUGCGGCCUCCACAAGGAGCGCAAGCAGGCCACCACAGCCGUCAACCGCAAGCCCCUUGGUUCGCCGCCGUCCUUCGGCAGCGGCUGCUCGAAGCGCCCGGGCGGCGCGCUGGCGCAGCUUGUCCCCAUGGAGGGCGGGCACUGGGCACGCCGAGCGCUCGCGGCGUCCCCCGCCGCGCGGCAGUCCCUUCAGCGGAGACGCGCUCUCGGCUUCCGUCCCCGGCCGAGCCGGCUCUCCUCCGUGUCCAUGGCCGGCGACCGCGCCGGUGACAACCAGUAGAAAAAACAGCGUCGACAUGCCAUAAGAAAAGUAGUGUGCCAUAGCAUGGUAGGAAAGAAGCUCCCCAAAUAAUUCACCGGGGUCUUCCGUUUGCGGCAGAAAAUUGGAGUCUUAGAGUACCCAAUUCGAUCACAUAGAGUGAGCUCAUCAUCUCCUCUCUACUCUGUAUACGCCGGGAGUAUCGUUUUGGAUAAUAUGGAUAUACAUGAGUGACAAAUUGGAGACA